GGGCUGUACUGAUAAUGAUAAUAUUUUACAGCCCUUGAUAUGCUUCUCCUAUAAAUGCGACCUCCUUUCCUUCCGUCGUAUACAACUCUCACAUGCUGGUUGUAUUGACGGUUUUCACGGAUAAAAAAAUGAUUGUCUUGAUCCUGUAUGCAGCUGUGUUUUUUCUCGCCCUUUCUUUCUGCCACUCGCGCCUCAGGGACUUUAUCCUGGAUGUCCAAUAUGUGCGGAGUAGAUUAAAAACGAGGACCCUUGUUCAAAAAUACCAGCAGACUAAAUACUUCCUCAUGGACCGGUUGCUAGAGGUGGUAAAGACGCAGCCAAACAAGCCGUUCGUCCUUUUUAAAGAUGAGACGUACAGCUACAAAGACGCGGAUGAGCUCAGCAACAAAGCUGCACGAGUUUUCCUGCAGAGUGGACUUGUUGAAGGGGACACAGUGGCGCUGUUCCUCAGAAGUGAGCCCAUGUUCCUGUGGCUGUGGAUGGGCUUGAUGAAGAUCGGAUGUUCCGCUGCUUUACUCAAUUACAACAUCAGGUCCAAGUCCCUGAUGCACUGCUUUAACUGCAGCGGAGCCAAGACUCUGGUCGCAGCUGAAGAUUUGCAGGACGCUGUGGAUGAGGUCCUGCCCACUCUGCUGGAGCAGCAGGUCACUGUUUUCAUCCUGGCAGACAAAAGCAAAUCUGCAGAUAUUAAGAGCUUCAAUGAUCAAAUGAGCAAGGCCUCCUCUGAGCCUCUAGCCAAGAACCUGGGUUCAAAUAUAACCCUGUCCAAUGCAGCAGCCUACAUUUACACAUCAGGGACAACAGGUUUGCCGAAAGCCGCUGCGAUCUCUCAUUCCAAACUGUGGAAUUUUGCUUUCUUGCUAAAUUCAGCAGGAGUGACCUCCGAAGAUGUGCUUUAUAUUAGUCUCCCACUGUAUCACACCGCCGGCUUUCUCGGAUUCGCCGGAACCAUCAACAGAGGUGGCACAUUGGCUUUGAGGAAUAAAUUUUCUGUAUCUCAGUUCUGGGACGACUGCAGAAAAUAUAACGUCACCGUGGUACAGUACAUAGGUGAAACCAUGCGUUAUCUCUGCAACACACCAAAGAAACUCAAUGAUCGAAACCACAAAGUGAGAAUGGCAAUAGGAAACGGGCUCAGACCCGAUGUUUGGAGGGACUUCUUAAGCCGGUUCGGAGACGUAAAAAUCAGAGAGUUUUAUGGAGCAACUGAAGGGAACUUUGGUCUGUUGAACACCUUUGACAAGAUUGGAGCUGUUGGACGAGACACCUACCUUUUCAGGAAAUAUUUCCCGAAUGCUGUGAUUAAAUUCGAUGUAGAAAAAGAAAUGCCUGUCAGAGAUUCUUCUGGUUUCUGCGUUAAGGCUGCUAAAGGUGAGCCUGGACUGUUUAUAACUGAAAUAAAUAAGAACGCUCAGUUCACUGGAUAUCUGGGAAACCUGAUGCAAACUGAGAAGAAGAGGCUGCACGACGUCUUCAGGAAAGGAGAUUUGUACUUCAACAGCGGUGACCUGCUGCGCAUUGACGAGGAUGGUUUCAUCUACUUUCAAGAUCGAGUCGGAGACACUUUCAGAUGGAAAGGAGAGAACGUGGCUACAACUGAGGUGGCUGACAUCAUCUCGCAGGUUGACUGCAUUAAGGAAGCCAACGUGUACGGAGUUCAAGUGCCAGGUCAGGAGGGGAGAGCUGGAAUGGCCGCCAUUAUUUUAAGGGACGGAAAGAGCUUUGACUCUGAAGCCGUUUUUAAACAAGUUGAAAGCUUCCUGCCAGGCUACGCCAGACCACGUUUCAUGAGGAUUCAGAGCUCCUUGGAUGUCACAGGCACGUACAAGCAUAUGAAGGGGAAGCUGGUGGAGGAAGGUUUCAACCCAGAUAAGAUAACCGACCCGCUCUACUUUCUGGAUGGAAAGCAAAAAAACUACAUCCCUCUUACGGUGGAUAUAUUCAACAAGGUUACAUCAGGGAAGAUCCAGAUUUAAAGGCUUUUGUUGCCUUUUUCUUAUACUGUAACUCAACAGAGAGGGUUUGAUUUCUAAUGAAAUGAUUUGAUCAGUUUAAAUCUGUUGUUCUGCAGCAAUUACAUACACAUCAUAUUUGUCUGUAAUUCUCCUCCAGAGAUCAUGUUUGAGCUUGUUCCACAGGGAUGUAAUAGCUUCACCUGCAGCAAGAAAGCUAGUUUUUCCAGUUGAGAAAACUGAGAAUGGGUCCUUAUUCAAACAGAGACUUCUGGCUACAUACCAUUCUGGUUUAUUGAGGUUAUUCAGUGUAAGAGCUGGAAUGUUUGCAGUUACGUACCUCCCUCUCUUGUGGGCUGAACGAUUUGAGGAAAAUUAAUCAUUCUGAUAUUUGUCAUCAAUAUUACGAAUCAAAUUGCUUUAUUUUCUACAAAUUAAAUGUUGGGUCUUUAUUUGUGCUCUUAAACAAACUCAUGGUUUCAAUCACAGACACAAUCUUGUUGUCUACUUAAAUAAAGUAAAAGAUAAUAAAUAAAUAAAUAAAGUAAAGAUGUUACUUGUUACUUGAUCUUUCAACUUUAUCUAACUUGCCAGCUGGAGAUAUCAAGAGUGGCUGUGUAAAAUGUUAAAAAUAUUGAAUGUUGUAAAUUA